AUUUGAGCUAGUGAAUGUACAGUUGGUCGGGACUGUCAGUAUCGUUUAAGUUGUGAGUUGUGUGCUAUGACGUUUUAAAUAAUAAAGUUAUUUGUGACAAUAAUACAUGAAUAAAAUAAAAUUAAUAUCCAACGUAGACAAUACUCUGAAUGAAAUAUGAAUGAUAUGUGACAUAAAAAGAUGUUGAAAGGAUAUUGCACAAUAUAAUUUAAGAAAUCAAAUCAGAGCAAAGCAGGAAAGAGAAGUAUGCUAUUAGUAUGAAGUGGAUAAUAAUUUCAUGUAUUUUGUGUGUAUUUGGUUGCUUUAAAGAGUUUAGGCCUUCAGAGUCCUUUGUGACUGAUUAUUUAACAGGACCAUGGAAAAAUUUUACAGAUGUUCAAGUAAACCAGAAAAUAUUUCCUGUUUCCACAUAUUCCUAUUUUGCAACAUUAAUUAUUGUAUUUUUAAUAACCGACUUUGUACGAUAUAAGCCAAUUAUUAUUUUAUGUGGCCUUUCUGGAACUAUUACAUUUCUCUUAAUAAUACUUGGACAAGAUGUUUUAACUAUGCAAGUUUUAGAAUUCUUUUAUGGCUUGUUUUUAUCCACGGAAGUAGCAUAUUACACAUAUAUCUAUGCUAAAGUUGACAGAAAACAUUAUCAGGAAGUAACUAGUCAUACAAAAGCAGCAGCUCUAGUUGGUCGUUGUAUGGCUGGUAUUAUUGCACAAUUAACAGUAUCUUUUGAUAUAUUAAAUUAUCAUCAAUUAAAUUAUCUUACAAUUGGAGCUGUUACAUUUGCAACAAUAUGGACAUUCUUUAUACCUUCAGUUGGCCAGUCUAUUUACUUUCAUAGAAAAAAUAAGAAUAAUUUCUUAACUCAUAAUGGAACAACUGUAUUGCAACAAAAUGAUAUAAAUCAAGUUUUACACGGUUCUGAACAAUCUGAGUGUUCUUUUUCUAAUAUUUCACUAAUACAUAAAGUUAAAGAAGCUUAUGUUCUAUUAUGGAAAGAUUUUUUACAAGCAUAUUUGAAUAGUCAUGUUGUAAAAUGGUCAAUAUGGUGGUCAUUUUCAACUUGUGGAUAUUUGCAAGUAAUUAGUUAUAUACAAUUAUUGUGGCAAACUGCUGUAGUCCCUGGAGAUAAAAUUUACAAUGGAGCUGUAGAUGCUUUAUAUACAAUUAUAGGUACAAUCACUGUUUUCUGUAUUGGGAAGAUACCAUUUAAUUGGUCUUUAAUUGGAGACAUAGUAGUGUCAUCUAUGUCACUUGUGGAAGGUAUUUUAUUAGUGGUAUCUUCAUAUAGUUGCAGUAUUUGGUUGUUAUAUGCUAUGUAUAUAGUAUUUGGAAUCAUUUAUCAUACAAUGGUUACUGUUGCAAGUUUUGAAGUUGCAAAAUGCAUAUCAGAAGAUAGUUAUGGUUUAAUAUUUGGUAUAAAUACUUUUUUUGCACUACUAUUGCAAAGUGUAUUAACAGCUAUAGUAGUGAAUGGAAAUUUAAAAUUAAAUCUGAGGUCUCAGUAUUUUGUUUAUGGUGGUUAUUUUAUUGCUAUAUCAAUACUUUACAUGAUAAUCGGCAUUUUAAACAUCAUACGACAUUGUAAAGAAGGUGCUGGAUUUAAAAUAUGGGUACAGAAUACAGUAAUUGAGAAUAUGAAAUAGUCUCCAAAAUGACUAGGUUUUAGUUACUGGUGUAGUUUUUAGAAAUUGAAUUAAUGAACAUUAAUUUGAAAAUGGUGAUAUUAGGUAUAUACAUAGUAAUCAAGGAUAGUUUAUCAAAUACAUUUUUAUUUUUGUUACUAUUAUUUCAUUUUUCGGUUC